CAUUGUUGACAUUUUAACGCCGAGAAACCCUAAUCUGCCAUUUCCACUUAUAAUUGCAAAUUGCGUUGUUGAUAGCCUGUUAGUCGUCCUCCUGCUGCCGCGCCAUUCGCCGUCUACCAUCGUCAUGGCCUCGGAGAAGAAAUUAUCGAAUCCCAUGAGAGAGAUCAAGGUGCAGAAGCUUGUGCUCAACAUAUCCGUCGGUGAAAGUGGAGAUCGUCUCACUAGAGCUGCUAAGGUGCUGGAGCAACUCAGUGGGCAAACACCAGUUUUCUCCAAAGCUAGAUAUACUGUGCGGUCCUUUGGUAUCAGGCGUAAUGAAAAAAUUGCCUGCUAUGUCACUGUUAGAGGUGAAAAGGCCAUGCAACUCCUUGAGAGUGGCUUGAAGGUGAAGGAAUAUGAACUAUUGAGACGGAAUUUCAGCGACACUGGUUGUUUUGGUUUUGGUAUUCAGGAGCAUAUUGAUCUUGGAAUAAAGUAUGACCCAUCAACUGGUAUCUAUGGUAUGGACUUCUACGUUGUACUGGAACGUCCGGGUUAUCGUGUUGGCCGCCGUAGGAGGUGCAAAUCUCGCGUGGGAAUCCAGCACAGGGUGACCAAGGAAGAUGCAAUGAAGUGGUUCCAAGUGAAGUAUGAAGGUGUUAUUCUGAACAAGGCCUCCAAUAUCGGAGCAUAAGCUGUUAGGGGUUGUAUUCCCUGUGGUUUACAGUUCUUUCACUCAAAAAGUUUUGUAGGAUUUCAUAAAUUGACAAAAUCUAUUAUACAAUCUUAUUUAUAUUUUGCCCUGCCAA